AUGGCCAACUACAGGCAGCUCAAAAUUGUUACAACGGCAGCGCUGCUGGCGGCCGCGGUGGGGCAAAAUACUACUGCUGGCCCAUCGGCGGUGCCGACGCCAGCACCGACACAAGUACCGACGGCCGUACCGUCGCCGUCGCCGACGACGGCCGUACCAUCGCCGCUGCCCACGCAAACGCCGACGCCAGAGCCCUCGGCCGCACCAUCGCGGCUGCCGACGGCCGUGCCCACGAGCGUGCCGACCACGAGCGUGCCGACGCCGACGCCGUCGGCCGUGCCGUCGCCGCUGCCGACGCCCGGGCCGACGACGACUGCAGCGCCGACCUCCGUGCCAACAUCAAAGCCGACGCCAGAGGGGACGCCUGCGCCGACGACGACUGCCGCGCCGACGUCCGCGCCGACGCCAAUGCCGAGCACGGCAGCUCCGACGGAGGUGCCGGCUCCAAAACCGACGAACGCGACGGCGUCAACACAGCUGCCAACGCCCGGCCCGACGCCGCUACCGUCCGCGAAUCCGACAGUACGAUCGCACGGUGCCGCCUGGGCCAUCGACAAGGCGGGACCGAUGUUGUGCAUCGAGAAUACCCCGCUGCAAGUUCAUCAAGAAUCAGGCAGCACCAAAUACUCGAUCGGCGCCCUCGACAGCGCGACGGGCGCGUACGAAGCUUUGUACGGCGGCGAGAAUAUGGAAUGGACCGACGGCAAACACAUCAACGCCGUCUCCCAGUGGACGAGUUCUACCGACGAGCACUUUGCGUUCGCGAGCGUAACAGAGCUGAACGUCGAUGACGCCCCCAGCCUCCUGUGCCGCAUAAACGUGAACGGCGAAGACUGCUUCUCAAACGGAAAGCUAGAGAAAAAAGCCAAUGCCGGCGCCGUGAUCGACGACACUUACUAUUACGGGAAGAACGUCGGCAAGAGCGGAACAGAAUCGAUAUACUAUGUCUCUGGCUUGGGUCAAGUGAACGCGACAUUUCACACAGAUACGAACUUCCUCGUCCGCGGGGACGACUCAUUGUUUGAGGGCAAAAUCCUGGACUUCGCGCCCCUCACGGAGCCGGACGGCGAGGACAUGUUGAUAGAUGAUGGGGUGGCAGGCAGAUCGUACCUCAUCGGCAUCGGUGGCAAGUUCGAGGUCUUCGUGGCGCGCAUCGGGACAGACGGCGCGCCGGAGAGCUACGCCGUGCUCGACGGCACGACCGUCGACUGGGGCAACGGGACAGAGGUAUCCAAAGGCGAAUUCGGCGCGGCAUUCGCGUAUCAGAGCCUGGAUGGCGAAACGAACGACUUGAAAUUCGCAGACAACGAAGGCGCCGGUUUAUUUAGGUUGGAGCUGCCCUUAGUCAUAGGGAACGACUGCUGGAAUACUGGUACUGAUGUGACACAGCACGCAGUAUGUCCCGGCACGACGGCGAACCUCGUCUGGGUCGGCCUCUCGGAGAAGGCCGAAAGCAACGACGGCAUGAACUGUCCAUACCAGGAAGAUCCCACGGCGGUGCCGACCACGGCGGCGCCCUCGACGGCCGAACCGUCCUACAAGCCGACAACGCUAGUGCCGACCUCCAUGCCUGUAGCGGCAGAAACCUACAAGCCGACCCGGGAGCCCACCGAGGUACCGCCGACCCCGCAGCCUACCGUCAUAUCGACCUACGCCCCGACCGUGGCCGAGACGGCGCCCGCGGACGUCGCGAGGUUCAACUGCACGGCGUACGACGGCGCGUUGCUGCGCAUCGAGGACCGGGACCUCACGCUGCGGAUGGCGGACGGGAGCUUCGAGGCCGUGUGGGAGCUCCCGGGCGACGACGACGUGAAGGGCGUCGCGCUCCACACGGAAAGCGAGGACGAGGACGAGACGCGGCUCUACGGCGCGUUCGGCGACAAGCUCUGCGAAUUUGACGAAGAGGCAAAGCGAUGUCUCGACGGCACUUUAGAGUUCGAGCCCGACGCCGCGACGAUCGUUGAUUGGACCUACUACUACGGCAAGGACCUCGGUACUAGUGAAGGAAAACUUGCGUUCGUAGAAGACGUCGACGACGGGCCGGACUUUUCAGAUUCAUACGACUUUCCCAUGGCCCAUUUCAAUGGCACAUUAAGGAGCUUCGUGCUUUUGCGGGAGGCCGAGGACGUCGACGAGGACAUCGAGGACAUGGAUGGUGAUGCCAUCGGGAGCGGCGACGACGGCGAGUACCUGGUGGGUGUGAGCGACGACGGGAAGGUCGUGGUCAUCAAGCUCGACGACGGCGAGCCGGAAGAAAAUUACGCCGUGCUCCACGCUUCGUACGACGGCGAGGGUCCGGUCACGGCCAUGGUUUUUGAUGGAGACGCCGUCUACUUCACUUCCGAGAGUGGUCUAUACAAGAUAGACCUCCCGAUCGUCGUCGCCGAGUGGUGCUGGGACGGCGAAGACGUCGUGUGUUACUACAACGAGGACAAGCAAGAGCCCGAGGACGAGGACUACAUGCCUCAAAUUACAUACGUGGGCCCGGCCGACGCAGGAGGCACAUCAGGGUUGGUUUGCGGUUCAUUAACCUUCGAACAAACGCAACCGAGCUACGCCCCCACGCCCGAGGCCGGGUUGGCGUUAGAGCCCUUCGAUUGUACGGUAAAUUUCCACCCGGUCCAGGUCAUGAAAACCGACGACGAGGACUACUAUUCGGUCAUGCAACUCGAUCCGGCAUCUGGUGAGUAUGAGGAGGUUUAUGAUUUGGAGCACCUUAUCACGGACGACGGCCAUGUAAAUGCCGUGGAUCUAUGGUUGGAUGGGGACAAGUACUACGUCGCCGGGUCGGUGCGAGCUGACGACGAUGAGGACAGCAAGUUGUGCUUCUUUGACUCUGAGGACAAGGUGUGUCUUGAAGAAGACCUGGAAGAAACGAAGGCGAACGCGGGCUGCAUUCUCAAUGAUAACUUCUACUACGCCAAGGACCUGGGCGAGGGCGAGCGCUCGGUCUACUGGGUCGAGGGUAUCGGGUCCAGUGAACCGGUCUUCCACAGCAAGGACGAUGCUGAAUUUGUCGUGGACGAGAAUCUGUACGAGAAGUCGGUGCUGGAUUUCGUCGGCAUCACCGAGAAUGAGAUGGAGUUCAUCGACGACGGCGAGGAGGAGCGGUCGUACCUCGUGGGACUGGGCCAGGGCUUCGAGGUCGUGGUCAUCCGACUGGAGGACGACGGCACGCCGGAGAGCUACGCCGUGCUCGAAUCUGAAGUCGGGUGCGUCGACACGGAUAACCUUGGCCAGCCCGUCGACUGCGACGCGUACGAGGACGAGAAGGAGGAGUGGGAGGACGAGGGCGAAACGUCGGCCUUCGGCGCGGCGUUCAACUUCCGGGCGCCGGACUGGUCCAUGGUCCAGACGUACUUCGCGUCGAACGAGGGCUGGGGCAUCUUCGAGCUCGUGUACCCGCUCGAGGUCCCGGACGAGUGCUGGAAUUCGGGCGAGGAGGACCACAGCGUGUGCGACGAAGGGGCCCAGUUGCUCUGGCGCAUGCCGUCCGAAAAGUCGAAGUCGAACGACGGCAUGAACUGCCCCCUCGGCGCGGGGGCGCCGCCGGAGGCGCAGCCGUCGCCGCAGCCCGUCGAACUCGUGUACGCGCCGACGCCGCAGCCGCAGGAGGAGACCGACGACGAGCCGCAGUACGAGGCCGGCGUCUUCGAUUGUGAUCACCACGGCAACCCGGUGCAAGUGCUGCGCGAGGACGACGACGAGCCGUACCGGGUCGUGGAGCUGGACGCGUCGAGCGGCGAGUACAAUUUGUUGUACGAGAUGGACUACUUGGAUAUCGACACGCAUGUCAACGCCGUGGCGAUGCAUUCGGAUGGGAACGGGGGCUACACGGCGCUGGCCUCGAUCGGUGGUCGCGUGUGCCUCUUCGACGAGAGCGGCACGGAGUGUUUAGCCGAGGCCCUCGAGGUCUCAAAACCAAAUUUAGGUGCGGUCCUCGGCGACGUCUUCUACUACGCCAAGGAGCCGGGCAAUGGAGGGAGUAGGAGAAUCUACUGGGUCGAAGAUAUUGUGGGAGAGGCGCCGGUCUUCCACAAGCACGACGAUGCAUUGUUUGAGAUCCCCACGGGGCUAUUCACGAAGUCCGUGCUCGACUUCGUGGCCAUCGACGAGCAAUCAGUAGACUGGGUCGUCGAUGAUCAUGAUCAAGCUUCGUACCUCGUCGGCUUGGCUCAAAGGUUUGAGGUCCUUGUGAUACGAUUAAGUACGUCGGGAGAACCGGAGGCCUACGCUGUUUUACCGGGCGUCGUGGAUUGGGAGGAGGACCCCGGAGACAACUCACCGUUCGGCGCGGCCUUCGCCUACCACUCGCCGACCUGGAAUUCGUUGGAGACGUUCUUCGCGUCCAAUGAAGGCUGGGGCAUCUUCGAAUUGCACUGGCCCCUCGCCGUGCCGGAGGCGUGCUGGAACACGGGCUUCGAGACUGAUACCCAUGAAGUGUGUGCUUCUACGGCAAAUCUCACAAGAUGGCACGACUCCGAGGAGUCCUCGUCAAACGACGGCAUGAACUGCCCCCUCGGCCAUCAUGUGGAGACCUACGAGCCUACCACGUCGCCGACUACGGCGCGGCCGACGCCCCAACCAACGAACUACACGUGCUCCGCCUGCUGGGACCAGCCCGUAGCAUCAUUAGACUGCGCUUUGCAUAGCGGCCCGCUCCGUUUGGAUGGAGGCGCGGUCGUGGCGAAUGGAGUUACCGCGGCGGACGUGUCCUACUUCGAGAACGCGAACCCGGGCGGCCUGGCGCUCUACGAGGCGCGGGACGGCGCCUACCCCCUGCUGGCGGCGGGCGACAUGCUCUGCCGCGUCGCCGCGACGGCGGACGCGUCCCAAGCGACGGCGCGGUGCUUCACGACCGGGCGGCUCGAGGUCGACGCGCCGCCCGCGGCCUGUGUUUUGGGCACGACCUACUUCUACGGCGACGCCGGGAUGUUGUACGCGGUCCACAACGUCCACACGGACGCCGCCGUCUUUGAAUCAACAGGCUUCGAAUUUGGCAAUGCUCUCGUCCGCGACGUGGCGCCCGUCGACGAUUACUUAAUUGGCGUCGCCGACGGCGCCGCAUCCCUAAUCGUCGUCAGGGCCGACUUCACGGGCCACGCGGCGCUCGCCGUUGACGACGCGGUGCCCGGCGUUGCGUUCGACGCGGCGUUCGCGUUCGACAACGGCGUCUACGUCGCCGGGAGCGACGGCACGUUGUACAAUGUCGACGUUGAUUUAACGACGAUCGACGACAAUUGCUGGGCCGAUUCCGGGGAGGACGCGCCGGCCUGCGCGGCGACGGCGACACUCAGUGCCGCGGCGCCGGCGCCGGCCGGGACCGGCUCCGGCACGAACUGCGCCGGCACGCUCGACCUAGGAACGGCGGCGCCGUCGUCGGAACCGGCGCCCGUCGCCGCGCCGACGCCGGGACCGUCGCCUAGUCCAUCCACUGCGAAUCCGACGGCGCGCCCGACCGCGGCGCCCUCCGCGAAGCCGACGACGGCGGCCCCCUCGGCCAAGCCGACGGCGGCGCCCUCCUUCACACCAACGCACGCCCCGAGCCUCUCAAGGCAGCUCGUGAGCGCUGCUGUUGUGCUCGAGUUCGACGAGGCCGACUACUCGGACGACCUGGGCCUCGCCGUCGGCGACGCGCUGGUCCAGGCGUCGCCUUCGGUCGUGGCGUGCAACUCCGUGACCUUCUCCACCACGGAGCGGCGGCGGCUCGCGGUGGAAACGAGGACGGCGGAGGCCGUCCUCGUCGUUGACGGAGGCGCCGACGUGGACGCCGUGGGCCAGGAGUUGUCCGAUGCGGUCUCAAAUGGAGAUUUUGCGACGGCUCUAGUAGAUGCCGUCGCUUCAUACUCUUCCUUGGAGUCUGUGGAUGCGUCGAACGCGGUCCAAGUAUCCGCGUCGCUGGCCGCGCUCGAGGCCAUUUCUGAAGUGGUCCCGACGCCUGCGCCCGUGCUGACGAAGGCGCCCGUCGCGUCCUCGCAGACGCCCGCGCCCGUCGCCAGCUCUCCAGCACCGUCGGCGCUCAUCUUCGGCGCCGGGAGCCCCGGGAAUUCUGGAGGCGGCGCCGACACGGCCGGCGGCUCUUUACAAAUCAUCCUCGGCGUGGUCUUCGCGGCGGUCGGCCUCGUGGUCUGCGGCGGCGCGAAGUGGUACCACGACCGCGAGAAGGCCAAGGACGCGCGGAGAUUGGAAAGGUGGGACGACGUCGAGCGCGAGCUGGCGUCCAAGGAGCCGGACUGGGCGAGUCCGGCGCCCGGGGGCCUCGGCGACGUCGCCGUCGAGGAGGACAAGGUUCACGUCGAGGACUCCGCCACCAAAGCCCUGUACGGCUCACCAGAUGCGCCGCCGCCCAAGCGCAGUUUCAACCCGUUUUCCAAAAGGAAACCGGCGGCCGAGCCGUCCUGGGCCGAGGCGCCGGAGCCGUCCUGGGCGGCGCCGGCGGCGCCGGCCCCGCUGGCGGCGGCGGCCGCCGCCGCCGAAACGUGGCAACCGAGCAGCGACGACGACAGCUGGCCCUCGGCCGCGGAUAAUGCGCCCCCGCUCCGGGAGAUGUCGCCUCCCCAAAUGCCGCCGCCGGACUUUGUUGCUCCGCCGGAUGUCGACGGGCUGCCGCUGCCGCCGCCGCCUCCCCAGCCCGCGAGGGAAGAAGGAUAAGUACUCAGAAGUCUA